AUGAAACUUCUGUUCAUCCCAUGCGACGGCGAAGGGCAAGCCCGGAAGACUGUCUCGGACGAAGGAGUAACCCGGACCCAACACGCCGCCCGCGAAUAUCACAAGAAGGCCAAAUUGCGCAGAGCGAGAAACAAAGGCCAACUGGCGCAUGGCACUCGCAAGUCGACCAAGUCCAACUCCACGACUCCGACAGACGAGCUAGCCGUCUUGGAGGUGAAAGCCGAGCGACAAUCGCCUAUCCAAAUCCUUCUGGGAGCAAGUCGAUCCGACCCAUUCAAUACAAUCGGUGACCCCGACGCUCCACUCUACGUGCACGAAAUGCUGGAUCAUGCCAUCUCAUGUCACUAUUCUGAAAUGUGUCUAACCGACGGCGGAGGACUCAACGCCGCUAGAACCGAAAUCAUGCAGUCCGUCAUGUACUCUCCUGUGGCUUGGUACACGAUCAUCUUUGCUGGCGCUACGCACAAUGCAUACCAGUAUGGGGGUCGCGGGACAACGAAGCAAAACGAGCAGCUCAGGCUUGUGUACAAGACGAAAGCCAUCAGGUCACUCCUGGACUAUAUCCAAGAAAACGGCGACACGGUAUCCGAGGAAGCUCUCCUGAGCAUGAUAACCUUGGCAUCUCACGGAAGCGGCGAGAAUUUGAAGGGUCAUGAUUCGUAUACGCGGCAAAAGCUCCCCUUCCUAUCCCACCUCCACGACGUUGACUACUACGCAAGCAUGGACAUUGGCAUGGAACAUCUGGCUGCUGUGUAUGCCAUCGUGGAUCGGCGAGGAGGGCUUCGCACGUUGCAACGGAAGAGUUUGGCUAUAGUUAUUCAAGUGGAAUUGCAACGUCCUCACUUUAAUCUCCUGGCGCCGACAAAGUGGCACAUCAGUAAGCGGAGCCAUCAACCGGAUGCUGUGGCACAAGCGAAGCUUGAAACUCUGACAACAGGCUUUCACACAUUGAUUGAUGAUGGUUACAUCAGUCUUGACCAUCUCGUGGCGAUUGCCGAUUGCACGAGCCUCUUCUCGGCGGACUUUGAUCAAUUGCUGAGAUGCUAUGAUCUUCCGGAAGAGCAACGACCUCUGCAUACUCCCAACAUGGCACUCGUCAGAUAUAUGCGCUGGUGCGUGCUCCAUGACAUCCUCAUGCUACCCGAGCACAGCAACACCGACGGCGAAAUUUUGCCCGAGCACGUGCUUUACCAGAUCUGUCGACAUGUCCUGUUCGCAUACGCGGUGUUCGUCGUGGUGCCCAUGCCGCCAAGGACCAAGCUACAUGCCAAGAUUGCCGAACGGCUCAGACGUCUCCUGGUCAGUGCAGUCAAGGUGGGCCUUCCCCGCCAACAGCCUGACCUGUUCUUCUGUGCGGUCGCAUGGGGCUGGAUGUGUACAGAAAAGGCGGUCGGAUAUCGCAAACUCGAGAAGCUGUCGGGAAGCUUCACGACUUUGCUGGAGUUCACUGAGGUCCGGCGGAAGCCUGAUUCAUGGCCGAUAGUCGAGGAGAUCAUGAAGUCCUUCUUAUGGAUGGAGGCCUAUUGUGAAGAGCCGGGGCGGAAAUUUUGGGCUGGCGCUUGUGGGCAGGCGGAGGAAGACCUGAAGGGAGAAGAGUCUCCUUGA